AUGAACUGUGGAUACACUGGGAUAAUUUCGGACAACAAAAAAGAUGUUAUGACCAGAUCUGUUGUACUGCACUCCACUAUGAGGCUGAUCCCCAUGUUAGAUCAGCUUAGAAAAGGCCUGCAGCUGUAUGGCCUGCUGAGAGUUCUGCAUAUUAAUGCUGACAUUUGUCUGCCUCUUUUUGUUUCUGGAGAAGACGAUGGGGUGGAUGCCGCCUUUAUCAUUCAGAAGUGUCACCCUGAGUACAGCGAAAAGGGCUCAGUUAGAUACACCAGAGAAGUAAACAUCAUGAAUUUCUUUCAGGAUUUUCUACAGGACAUAGAGGAUCAAGAUGAUCUUGAGGCUGAAGUUGAAGAUGGCCAUAAAAAGUUGACAGUUGGAAGAGUCAUGCAGUGGAUCACCGGCCAGGGACACAAACCUUGUCUGCCAAGUGAGAAGGCAGAUUUCAAAAUAUCUUUCACAUCUGACUCCCACUCCUCCAGGGAUGUGAACUGGACAUAUCUCCUGGGUGUGUCCUUGUGUAUGAGCCGUGAGGUGAUCAGAGGAGGGGGAGGGCUGGUCUACAUCCACGAGGAGCUUCUGCGUCUCACAAAGCUGCAGCCAAAUCAAAUGCAAAUUCUUGUGUCCGGAUGGCCUCUCUCACGCUGCCUGCAGCUGGGGCCUGUCCUGGACUAUCGCAGGCUGUGA